AUGUCCCUGAAGCUGCCAAGAAACUGGGAUUUCAGCCUGAAGGGAGAGGCUGCGAAAAUAGCUCGGUCGAGGAGCGUGAUGACCGGCGAGCAGAUGGCAGCCUUCCACCUGUCGUCCGCCCCCAACCCGCUGGAAAGGCCCAUCAAGAUGGGCUGGCUGAAGAAGCAGAGGUCCAUCGUGAAAAACUGGCAGCAGAGGUACUUCGUGCUGAGGGCGCAGCAGCUCUACUACUACAAAGACGAAGAGGACACCAAGCCGCAGGGUUGUAUGUAUCUACCAGGAAGUACAGUCAAGGAGAUUGCCACAAACCCAGAAGAAGCGGGGAAGUUUGUCUUUGAAGUCAUUCCAGCCUCAUGGGACCAGUGUCGCACUGGACAGGACUCCUACGUCCUCAUGGCCAGCUCCCAGGCGGAGAUGGAGGAGUGGGUUAAAUUCCUUAGGAGAGUCGCUGGCACACCCUCUGGAGCGGUGUUUGGCCAGCGUUUGGAUGAGACCGUGGCCUAUGAGCAGAAAUUUGGCCCCCACCCGGUGCCCAUCCUUGUGGAGAAGUGUGCGGAGUUCAUCCUUGAGCGCGGCCUGAAUGAAGAGGGCAUCUUCCGACUGCCUGGGCAGGACAACCUGGUGAAGCAGCUCAGAGAUGCUUUUGAUGCAGGGGAGAGGCCCUCCUUUGACAGAGAUACAGAUGUGCACACGGUGGCCUCCCUGUUAAAGCUCUACCUCCGAGACCUCCCAGAGCCGGUGGUUCCCUGGAGCCAGUAUGAGGGGUUCCUGCUGUGCGGGCAACUCAUGAAUGCAGAUGAGGGAAAGGCUCAGCAGGAGUUGAUGAAGCAGCUUUCCCUCCUUCCUCGAGACAACUACAGCCUCCUGAGCUACCUCUGCAGGUUCCUGCAUGAAAUCCAGCUGAACUGCGCUGUUAACAAGAUGAGCGUGGAUAAUCUGGCCACUGUGAUUGGUGUGAAUCUCAUCAGGUCAAAGGUAGAAGACCCUGCUGUGAUUAUGAGAGGGACUCCUCAAAUCCAGCGAGUGAUGACCAUGAUGAUCAGAGACCAUGAAGUCCUCUUCCCCAAGUCCAAGGAUGUACCCCUGUCACCCCCUGCCCCCCAAAAUGACCCCAAGAAACCUCCGGUGGCUCGAAGCUCCGUGGGCUGGGAUGCCUCUGAAGAUGUCCCAAUUUCUAGGACGGACAGCUUCGGUAACACGGCCAGUGACUCAGAAGCGACCAGCCCCACUGAACGACAGCUGAGCGAUGUGUGUCUAGAAGACAGCAGCAGAGCUCCCAGGGACAAGCUGGGAGAAUGGAAGCUGCAGUCCCGAAAAAGGACUCAGACGCUCCCUAAUCGGAAAUGCUUCUUGACGGCAGCUUUUCAGAGUGCCAACAGCAGCAAAGUGGAGAUCUUUAAUAAUGAGUUCUGGUCAUCUUCUUCAGAGGGGAAGGCAGGGGAAGGGCACAGGAGAACGAUGUCUCAUGGUGUGCAGAACUUCUCUGACUCCCAGAGGACUUCCACCUACGAUAACAUCCCUACCCUGCCAGGGCCCCCGGGGAAUGAAGCAGGCGCACCCUCUUCCCAUGCCUGUGACUCCAAAGGAAAUGCUCCUUCAAGCCCAGACUCUGAAACUGGGCCUGGGAAAAAGAACUCUGCAGAAGAGGGACUUGAAUCUUUGCAAAAGAUGGUCCAAAAGCUGCAAAAGGAAAUAGAAACACAGAAACAAGUGUAUGAAGAACAGAUUAAAAACCUUGAGAAGGAAAAUUACGAGGUCUGGGCGAAGGUGGUGAGGCUCAGUGAGGAACUGGAGAAGGAGAAGAAUAGGUCUGCGGCCUUGGAGAUCAGCCUCCGCAACGUGGAGCGCUCCCGGGAGGACGUUGAGAAGAGGAACAAAGCCUUGGAAGAAGAAGUCAAGGAAUUUGUCAAAUCGAUGAAGGAGCCCAAGGCCGAUGCAUGAGACCCCCAGGAGUACAGCCGAGGCAGCCCGCAGAGGCCCAGCGCUGCCCCUUUCUCCUCGCUGCCUGAGGGCUGAGAAGCAAAAUCACUCCCUAGGAGGAGAGGACAUCUGGGGAGAAAAUAUCGCAUUUUCCAGUAAAUAAAUCAGUGGAAUUUGCAGGAAGAUAAGGCUGAGCAGGGACAUAUGUGGAUGGCCAUGACUGCCCGUGGUUGAAUUCAGAAGGAUUGCAUUAUUCCAGUGUGGCCCCAGGCUGAGCGAAAUGCACGCUUCCAUGGCCGGAUGGCUCUGUCCAACAGAGGUGUUUGAGCCAGGCCGCCUCCCGGGGCCCAGGGAACAGGCUGGCCCCAAUCGAGGCUGGGCUGAGGCUUAGUACUUUGCUUUCUGUGUGGAACAGCUCACCUAGUCAGAUGGCCUCGGGGCGUCUAUGAGACAGAAAAUGAUCUUCAGCUUCUGAGUGCUCACCAUGGUUUUGAGGGGCUGUGCCUGCUGAAGCGGGAGCCUCAUUCUAUCACUCCCAUAGCGAGGCCUUCUUUAGGAGCUGGAAUCUCAAAAUUAUUAUUAGACUAAGAGAAAAUGAGCAAUAAACUGUAUUUAUGAAAGCAAA